GACCCAACCCUGGGGGCAAAUUGGAAAAUUCUGUCAACUUUACCUGCACCCCGCUAAUAACCACGAACACCCACUUCACUGCAACGACACCCACAGAUCUACCCACCGAAAGUACUACUCAUACAACAGGAACCUUUCUCUCCACAGAAAAUACAACCCGGAAAGUGCCGGUAAACACCGACAAGGAUAUGGCAGGAGACAACUUCCCAGUUUGGGUGAUAAUCUUGAUUGCCUCUGUCAUAAUGGUGAUCAUUUUGAUGAUUGUGGCGUACAGAAUAGUAAAACGACGAAAAGCGGCGAGGAAAGAAUCUAUUACCGCUAAAGGAGAUGGGAAUGUGCCACAAGAUGGAGCCAAUAAUCCUGUUUUUGAGUCGGAUUACACGCUUGCAGUUGAUCCAAACAACUCAAGAGGCAACGAUGCGUCAUCAGUAUCAACGCCACAGCCUACGUCACAAGCUGUUGUUAAUAACUACGAGGAAGCUAAGCCUCUAGGUCACGUGACAAACAAUGAGAACAAUGGCCCAUCAACCAGUAAUCUUUAUCAUGUAAUAAACGAUGCUCCCGGAAAUGAAACUACGCGGGAAGGAUUGUAUCAUGUGAUAAAAGAUUUGGCGCCAAAAUCUGAAUCACGUGAUGGGAAUGAGAGCGAACGAGAAAUGGUCGACAAUGUGCUAUAUAAUAUGUAAUUUUUUUGUGGGUUUCGUAAGUGAGAGAAACUCUCUUCAGUUUUUUUGACAGUAAUCACGUGACGCAUUCAAAAUGCGCCUUUAUCGAUAUUCACUGGGAAUCCUGUCGCAACAAGGAAUGUAAAUUUAUAUGUAUUUUAAGGUCGCCACGAGUGUUCUGUUCCUAUUUUUUUUUCGUUAUGUUUUCAUUUCAACCUGAGUUGUGAUUGCUGUAGAAUCUGUUGUAUCAAGCACCCACCAAAAAUACCUCCGUCACCGCUCAAAUAAAAAAACAAUUAAUAUUUAUCCUGUUAGAGUGAGGGCUAGUAAUGCAAGUUGCGCUGAAAAUUCAAAUUUUCAAAUCAUUCCUAACCCUAACCCCAACUGGAUAACUACGCAGUUGUUAUAUCAAACGUGUUUUUCUCAAAUAUCACAUUUUUUGUAUUAGUGAGGGGGAUUUGUACAAAAGAUCCAGAUGUAUAUGAAUAUACUACAAGCUGUCUGUUUUAUUGAAGUGGGUGAUAGCAAUAUGUUUUU